AUGCGGGAAGCGAAGCUGGAGCUCACCGUCAUCAGCUACAGCGCUGGGAUCAGCGCGUGCGAGAAGGGCGAGCAGUGGCAGCGGGCGCUGGCGCUGCUGAGCGAGAUCUGGGAAGUGAAGCUGGAGCCCGACGUCAUCUCCUACAGCGCUGGGAUCAGCGCGUGCAAGAAGGGCAAGCAGUGGCAGUGGGCGCUGGCGCUGCUGAGCGAGAUGCGGGAGGCGAAGCUGGAGCCCAACCGAGAUGCGGGAGGUGAAGCUGGAGCCCGACGUCAUCAGCUACAGCGCUGGGAUCAGCUCGUGCAAGAAAGGCGAGCAGUGGCAAUGGGCAUGCGGGAGGCGAAGCUGGAGCCCAACGUCAUCAGCUUCAGCGCGGGGAUCAGCGCGUGCGAGAAGGGUGAGGAGUGGCAAUGGGCGCUUGCGCUGCUGAGCGAGAUGGCGAGCAGUGGCAGUGGGCGCUGA